UAAAAAUUCCAUAAAUUAGUCAACAAUUUUGUGCUGCGGAAAAUACAGAAAACAAAGGAUUUGAUUUGCAAAUAUCUCGCCGUUUAUUAAUAUUUUUACAAAAAUGCAGUUAAUGGAGAAUAUUAAAGAGUGGUGGUAUGAAGAACACUCAAGAAAUAAAAAAGUAUCAUUAAUUGCGGGUAUUUUAUUUUUUUCAGCCUGGUGGAUUCUAAUUGAUGCUAUGUCAGCGGAUGGCCAACAUCAAAUUACAACCGGUCAUGUGUUCAUAGGAGUAUUUGGAACAAUAAGUUUUUUUAUGGUCAACACAGUAAAAAAUUCCCAUAUUACGGAAGAAAAUACUUCAGAAUCAGGAGCCAGAAUUGCCAAAAUAUGGUUAUUAAUUGGAUUUGUAAUAGGUUUCGCUUCAAUUAUUGCUGCAGUUUGGGUAAUGAUUGACGACUUUAUUAAUACUAAGAAAGACAACUGGUUGGGAGUGGCUUUACUUUUGCAAAAUGUACUUUUAUUGUUUGGCAGUUUAGUCUAUAAGUACGGUCGUGAAGAGAGAUUAUGGGAAGAAUAAGUGCUAAAUUAUUUAAAAAAAAUAAUAAUAGAUGGAAGAGUAAAUAAUCGUUGCUCGCCCAAGUAGUUUCACAAGCACGGAUUUUAUAAAAGAGGGAAUA